CACAGGAGGAGGGCCCGGAACACUGGAGGAGGGGCCAGAACACUGGAGGAGGGCCCGAAACACUGGAGGAGGGGCCCAGAACACAGGAGGAGGGCCCAGAACACUGGAGGAGGGCCCAGAACACAGGAGGAGGGUCCAGAACACUGGAGGAGGGCCCAGAACACAGGAGGAGGGUCCAGAACACUGGAGGAGGGCCCAGAACACUGGAGGAGGGCCCAGAACACUGGAGGAGGGCCCAGAACACUGGAGGAGGGCCCAGAACACUGGAGAAGAGCCCAGAACACAGAAAAAGGGCCCAGAACACUGGAGGAGGGCCCAGAACACAGGAGGAGGGUCCAGAACACUGGAGGAGGGCCCAGAAGACUGGAUGAGGGCCCAGAAUACUGGAGGAGAGCCCAGAAUACAGCAGAAGGGCCCAGAACACAGCAGGAGGGCCCAAAACACAGGAGGAGUGCCCAGAACACAGGAGGAGUGCCCAGAACACAGGAGGAGGGCCCAGAACACAGCUGGAGGGCCCAGAACACGGCAGGAGGGCCCAGAACACAGGAGGAGGGCCCAGAACACAGCUGGAGGGCCCAGAACACGGCAGGAGGGCCCAGAACACAGGAGGAGGUGCCUGGAACACUGGGUAAUGUGGGCGGACGCGAGACGAGGCGCGGGCCUCAGUAGUCUCCCCUCUCAGGUGUCGUCGUCAUGGCGGUGUGAGCGGAGCCCCAGGAUGGUGGGCGGGCUUGUGGCGGCCGUGAUGCUGGCCGUGGUGGGGCUGGCCUGCGCCCACCCCGACACCGACGACCUCCACGACCUGGGCCUCAGCGUCGUCGCCAAGCGCGACCUGGAGUUCAACCAGUACGUGCCCGGGUACAGGCUGCGGGGCGAGCCCAGCUGCGAGGAGCUGCGCGAGAUGUGGCGACUCAGCAAGCGCGAGGCCCGGCGAGCCACCUCCACCAACCAGCUGCCCAGGACCCGCUCCUACAACAACUACGGCAGACACAGGACCUUCGGCCCGGACUCCAACGGCCGGUCCAAGUCCUCCAUCUACGGCAGCAUCAUACCCUAUCCAAGCCCCUCGCAAGCCCGCCCUAGCCCCUUCGAGAAUCUGAGGGCUAUCCUGGGCUCUGGGAACCGCCAGGGCAAGUAUGAUGCGGUGCACCGUAAACUGACCGCGAUGCGAGGACCUGGCCGCUCCUCUAAGGGCCGGUACGACGAGCUGCGGAGGAUGAUGGCGGCGGAGCGUCAGGAGCCGCGUCCCGUGGCCCUCGCCCUCCGUGCGUCACCGCAGGAGGCUCACCAGCCUAGUCCCAAGUCCCGCAGGGAGCCCCCGGCCAUGUACCCCAGGACCAUGGCGGGCUCCACGCACUUCAGCCACCAAGGGUUCGUGGGCCCGUUAUUGCCCGCUGACUCCAGACUCACCGCAUUCACCCCUGGCAGCCAGCGGCCUCAGCCCCUGAUAUG